ACAAUAGACAAACCUACACUUUGGAAAUAUUUUAUAUGGUAAAGUACAAUGAAUAGGAUUAUACACAUGUAGAAAAUAACCUUGGAAAGAUCAUACAAUUUCUAAAUAUAUUUACAAUAAUAUUUUACACUGGAAAAGUUACAAUCAAUAUACCGAUGGCAUUAGACUUCAUAGCGAAAAUAACAAGCACCAGUCUGGACACUGAAAUUACAACUUACAAUUACAGCGGCAUGCCAAUAGUCACUCCAAGUAAAGGCCCAGCCACAAGUAUACCCAUGAAGUUUUAGAAUUAUGUUACAAAGGAUAUGAUGACGAUUUGUUUUAAACUGAGUACAUACCAUAUCUGACAUUCCUCCGUUCCUGUUUUACUGAACAUGGCUGAGAAUUCAGCUGGCACUUUUCAAUUUGUUCCAUUCAACAGCUUUCUAGAUGGUGGAUUCUGGCAUAAACUGGCCUACAAAAAGCUCAAUGUUUAUGCUUUAGAUGACAGUGUUAAAAGUAUUCAGGCAUCAUAUUACAAUGGAGAUCCACCGGGCAUGCCAUGUAGAAUGAGUUUAGAUCAUACAGCUUUUGAUGAGGACACUAAACCACCAACACGUUGCUUCCGUGCUCGUGGUUCAUUGUUCAAUACCAAUACUUUGGACGGUUUUAAAGAAAUUGAUAAGAAGACCAUUUUAGAUAAGAUUGGGACUGAGAUUUGGGAGUCUGUGACCUCCGGUCAAGCUGUAGAAGAUCCAAGCCUUCUGUCACGCUUUCUGCUGCUUACGUUUUCUGACUUAAAGAAGUACCAUUUCUACUAUUGGUUUGCUUUCCCAUGUUUGUGCCCUGCUGAAGAUUUUAGCCUCCUGAAGAAGCCAAGGAUACUAUCAGAUGUUUAUUCACAGGCACAGAUAUCACAGCUGGUAGAGAAUUACAACACAUUUCAAGCGUCACUGACUGAGAGUGUAGGGUAUUUCAUCAUUAUCCAAGAUGGUGACCAACUGUUUAUAGACAAAGUAUGCAAUACCCAGAAGCAUAUUGAUAAUGGGACUAAAGUAGUUUUUGGAUUUGCCGAUCCCUCCACAAUGGAAAGUCAUCCAGGCUGGCCACUUAGGAAUUAUUUGGCUCUUAUAUCACACCAUUGGGGUGCCAGACUUGGUGAUGUUGAAGUGGUAUGUUUUCGCUACCUCAGCAGGUCUGGUGUACACGAUAUCAACCACAGCUUACUUCUCAAUGUAAAAAUAUCAUCUAUGGCUGACACUUCAGCAUGCCCUAAAUGUGUGGGCUGGGAGAAAAAUGAAAGACAGAAACUGGGACCACGACUGGUGAAUUUAAGUUCUUCAAUGGAUCCUGUCAGACUUUCAGAGUCAGCAGUUGACCUCAACUUGAAGCUUAUGAGAUGGCGUCUGCUGCCUAACCUUGACCUUGAUACUGUAUCUCAGACGAAAUGUCUUCUGCUUGGAGCAGGAACCCUGGGAUGUAAUGUUGCAAGGUGCUUACUGGGUUGGGGUGUAAGAAACAUUACACUGGUGGAUAAUGGACGAGUGUCAUACAGUAACCCUGUACGUCAGACAUUAUUUGUAUUCGAUGACUGUAAAAAGACUGCUGGAGGGUGUCUGAAAGCUGAGGCCGCUGCUGAGUCUCUGAAGAAAAUUUUUCCAGGUGUGAACAGUGAAGGUGUCAGUUUAUCCAUUCCUAUGCCGGGUCAUGCAGUAUCAGAAAGUGCAAUAAAACAAACAAGAGAAGAUGUAGAAAGGCUAGAUGCACUCGUAGCUUCCCAUGAUGCAAUAUUCUUGUUGCUAGAUACACGAGAAAGUAGAUGGUUACCUACAGUAAUGGCAGCAGCUAAGAAAAAGAUUGUGAUAUGUUCGGCUCUUGGCUUCGAUACAUUUCUUGUAAUGAGACAUGGGUACCAGUCUUACGAUCAGCCAGAAACCAGUCAACAGAAAGCUCCAUUGUCUAAGAUAAUUCCUGGGAACCAUCUAGGGUGUUAUUUCUGUAAUGAUGUAGUAGCACCUGGAAAUUCAACCAGAGAUAGAACCCUGGACCAACAGUGCACAGUUUCACGUCCUGGUAUGUCAUAUAUAGCUAGUGCUCUGGCAGUAGAGUUACUGGUCUCCGUACUUCAACAUCCAGAUAGAGGCUGUGCUCCUGGUGAUACAGGACAAGGGGACGACUUCCUAGACGCAGACAGUUGUCCAUUAGGGCUUGUUCCUCACCAGUUAAGAGGAUUUCUGUCUAGAUUCCAGCAGAUCAUGCCAGCUAGCAGAGCUUUUGAUAAGUGUACAGCUUGCUCAAAGAUGGUAGUUGAACAGUAUAAGAGUUCAGGAUUUGAUUUCCUAUUGAAUGCUUUCAAUGAGCCCAACUUUUUAGAGGACCUGACUGGGUUGACACAGAUGCACCAGGAGACCGCAGAUGCUGAGGUAUGGGAUUACGAUGAUGAAGAAGAAUUCUCUAGCAUGGAUUCCUCAUGAUGAAAAUUUAAGAAUAACAUAGAUAUUUAUUGUCAUUUAUUGCACUAAGACAUACUAUACUAUCUAAUACUUGGUAUAGGAACAUAUUACUUGGUAAAGGAACAUUACUGGCCUUUAUGUACUUUGUUUAGUAUCAAACCAUUUCUUCUUUGUGCUUUUAACAUUAAGCCUGCUGUCAGCAAGUGAUUCUGCCUUUGCGACCAGCGCAUACCACGGCUGAUCAUGGUCUGCACUGUUCACUAUUCAGUCAGUAAAUUUUCAGUGUUCACCCUUCAAAUAAUAAAUGGUAUUGCCAAAAUUAAAUGAUAGAUCAGUCCAUUUUAGAAAUUUAGCUGUGUACAGGUUAAUUAUUCAUUUGUUAUCACCCGACGAAAGUCGGAGGGAUAUAGUUUUGGUGUUGUCCGUCCUUCCGUCCGUCUUUCCGUCCAUCCAUCCAUCCAUCCGUCCUUCCGUCCGUCCGGAGCCAUAUCUAGGAAAUGGUUGGGAAUAUUUAUUUAAAACUUCAUAUACCUGUUCACCACUAUGAGUUCUUGCGGCCCGUCAAGUUUCAGUUGGAUUGCCCAAGUAACACCAGAGUUAUGGCCCUUAGAAGUUUCUAGUGUUAACUAUAUAGGGUACUAUAAAUAUGACAAUUUCUGCAUCAUAACUUUUGAUAUAUUUGACCUUGAACUAUGAAACUUUAACAGAAUUUAGAGCACUAUAAUGUGGUUGUGCACACACAAUUUCGUAUGGAUUUCUUUUGUAACUGCAGAGUUAUUGCCCUUUAAUUGUCUAAAAAUCCACAUAUUUGUACAUAACAAACUUGCCAUUUGGCAGAAUUUCAUUAAAUUUCUUUCAUUAUUUUCUGUGAACAUUUAUUAUAAACAUGUGAAGUUGUGCACCCACACCUGGUCGCCCACUUGCCUUGGUCACCCGGGGUGACCCCAGGGUCAAAAUUGACCCCGCCCCAGGGGUCACUUGAUUUUACAUAGGAAAAUCUUUAAAAAUCUUCUUCUAAAAAUAAACCAGAAGGCCUAGAGCUUAGAUAUUUCACAUGUAGCAUAACCUAGUAGACCUCUACAAAAUUUAUUCAAAUCAUGACCCCAGGAUCAAAAUUGACCCUACCCCAGGGGUCACUUGAUUUUACAUAGGAAAAUCUUCAAAAAAUUUCUCAAAAUAAACCAGAAGGCCUAGAGCUUAGAUAUUUCACAUGUAGCAUUGCCUAGUGGACCUCUACAAAAUUUGUUCAAAUCAUGACCCCCGGGGUCAAAAUUGACCCUCUUCAGGGGUCACUUGAUUUUACAUAGGAAAAUCUUCAAAAAAUUUCUAAAAAUAAACCAGAAGGCCUAGAUCUUAGAUAUUUGACAUGUAGCAUUGCCUAAUAGACUUCUACAAAAUUUGUUCAAAUCAUGACCCCCAGGGUCAAAAUGACCCCGCCCCAUGAGGUUACUUGAUUGUACUUAGAAAAAUCUUCAAAAUUUUCUAAAAAUAAACCAGAAGGCCUAGAGCUUAGAUAUUUCACAUGCAGCAUUGCCUAGUGGACCUCUACAAAAUUUGUUCAAACCAUGACCCUUGGGGUCAAAAUUGACCCAGCCCCAGGGGUCACUUGAUUUUACUUAGGAAAAUCAUUAAAAAUUUUCUAAAAUUAAACCAGAAGGCCUAGAGCUUAGAUAUUUCACAUGUAGCAUUGCCUAGUGAACCUCUACAAAAUUUGUUCAAUCAUGACCCCUGGGGUCAAAAUUGACUCAGCCCUAGGGGUCACUUGAUUUUACUUAGGAAAAUCAUUAAAAAUUUUCUUAAAAUAAACCAGAAGGCCUAGAGCUUAGAUAUUUCACAUGUAGCAUUGCCUAGUGGACCUCUACAAAAUUUGUUCAAAUCAUGACCCCUGGGUCAAAAUUGACCCCGCUCCAGGGGUCACUUGAUUUUACAUAGAAAAAUCUUCAAAAAACUUCUAAAAAUAAACUAGAAGGCCUAGGUCUUAGAUAUUUGACAUGUAGCAUUGCCUAGUAGACUUCUACAAAAUUUGUUCAAAUCAUGACCCCCGGGGUCAAAUUAACCCAGCCCCAUGGGGUUACUUGAUUGUACAUAGAAAAAUCUUCAAAAUUUUCUAAAAUAAACCAGAAGGCCUAGAGCUUAGAUAUUUCACAUGUAGCAUUGCCUAGUGGACCUCUACAAAAUUGGUUCCAUCUUGACCCCCCCCAGGGUCAAAUUGACCCAGACCCAGGGGUUACUUGAUUGUACAUAGGGAAAUCUUCAUAAAUUUGCUAAAAAUAAACCAGAAGGCCAAGAUCUUAAAUAUUUGAUAUGUAACAUUUCCUAGUAGACUUCAACAAACUUUAUUCAAAUCAUGACCCCCAGGAUAAAAUUGGCCCCGCCCCAGAGGUUACUUGAUUGUACAUUGGAAAAUCUUCAAAAUUUUCUAAAAAUAAACCAGAAGGCCUAGAGCUUAGAUAUUUGACAUGUAGCAUUGCCUAGUGGACCUCUACAAAAUUGGUUCAAAUCUUGACCCCCAGGGUCAAAUUGACCCAGCCCCAGGGAUUACUUGAUUGUACAUAGGGAAAUCUUCAUAAAUUUGCUAAAAAUAAACCAGAAGGCCUAGAUCUUAGAUAUUUGAUAUGUAACAUUUCCUAGUAGACUUCUACAAACUUUGUUCAAAUCAUGACCUCCGGAGUAAAAUUUGCCCCGCCCCAGGGGUUACUUGAUUGUACAUCGGAAAAUCUUCCAAAAAAUUUCUAAAAAUCAUCAGUUUGACAUUAGAAACAUGUAGCUCAUAUUACUCUGGUGAGCGAUCCAGGGUCAUCAUGACCCUCUUGUUUUUCAUUUUUAGCUCGACUAUUCGAAGAAUAGUCUAGCUAUUCUACUCACCCUGGCGUCGGUGUCGGCGUCUCACCUUGGUUAAGUUUUUGCAUGCAAGUACAUACAGCCAUCAAUUAAAGGCAUAUAGCUUUGAAACUUAUUUUUUCUUUUUCUAGGUCAAUUACCAACCUCUCUGGGUCAGGUCCCAUAACUCUGACAUGUAUUUUGAGCAAAUUAUGCCCCCUUUUGGGCUUAGAAAAUUUUGGUUAAAGUUUUACAUGCAAGUUUCUAUCUCCAAAACUAAUGCAGAUAUUGAUUUGAAACUCCACAUGUGUCUUCGGGGUUAUAAAACUAGUUGAUAGCAGCAAGUCCCAUAACUCUGACCUUCAUUUUGGCCAAAUUAUGCCCCCUUUUGGACUUAGAAAAUUCUGGUUAAAGUUUUGCGUGCAAGUACAUACAGCUAUUUCUAAAAGGCAUAUACAUUUGAAACUUAUUUUUUCUUUUUCUAGAUCAAUUACCAACCUCACUGGGUCAAGUCCCAUAACUCUGACAUGUAUUUUGAGCAAAUUAUGCCCCCUUUUAGACUUAGAAAAUUUUGGUUAAGUUUUACAUGCAAGUUACUAUCUCCAAAACUAAUACAGAUAUUGAUUUGAAACUUCACAUGUGUCUUCGGGGUUAUAAAACUAGUUGAUAGCAUCAAGUCCCAUAACUCUGACUUUCAUUUUUGCCAAAUUAUGCCCCCUUUUGGACUUUCUGGUUAAAGUUUUGCGUGCAAGUACAUAUAGCUAUUACUAAAAGGCAUAUAGAUUAGAAACUUAUUUUUUUUUUCUAGAUCAAUUACUAACCUCACUGGAUCAAGUCCCAUAACUCUUACAUGUAUUUUGAGCAAAUUAUUCCCCUUUUUGGACUUAGAAAAUCCUGGUUAAAGUUUUGCAUGCAAGUACAUACAGCAAUUACUAAAAGGCAUAUAGAUUUGAAACUUAUUUUUUCUUUUUCUAGAUCAAUUACCAACCUCACUGGGUCAAGUCCCAUAACUCUGGCAUGUAUUUUGGGCAAAUUUUGCCCCCUUUUGGACUUCGAAAAUUCUGGUUAAAGUUUUACAUGCGAGUUUCUAUCUCCAAAACUAAUGCAGAUAUUGAAUUGAAGCUUCACAUGUGUCUUCGGGGUUAUAAAACUAGUUGAUAGCAGCAAGUCCCAUAACUGAUAUGCAUUUUGGUCAAAUUAUGCCCCCUUUUGAACUUGAAACUCUUUUGAUAUUUUACCUUUUUGGGUAAUAUUUUCCUGCUUCUGGGACAAUAUUUCGAAUAGUCGAGCUUGGCUGUCUUACGGACAGCUCUUGUUAAUUUUCCAUCAAUAUUUAUAAUCAACAUGUGAAAUUUUGUUUCCUCUCCAGUUCCCCCGCACCCCCACACCCUUAAAAAAUAAAUAUAUAUACAUAUAUAUAUUUUCCAUUUCUUUUUUUUUCUUUUUUCUUUGAAUGUUCAAAUCUUCAACAUGUUAAGUUGUGACUGCACAAGCCUUGCCCUCAGUCAUGUUCAAGAUAUCUUACCAGUGUUCUCAUAAGGACAUCUGUUUUUUUAAGUUCAAAUGUACAUGUUAAACAACAACACCUGGUGCCAAACCACUCAAAGACAAUAUUUCGUUCCAGUUAAACUUCAAGCUCAUAUUUCAAUUAACAGCAUUUAAUUUUAAAAGCUAAGCUUAUUACAGUAAGCAUAUCCCAUUCAAAAUAAAUUCUUUAGACAGGGUCAAAGUAUCAUACAUUUAUUAUGUACUCUUUAAUUAAACAUUUGUUUUCUGUUAAAUUGAUUUUGACUAAUGAAAUUAUUUGCUUCUUAUUAACAUCCUUAACUUUUUGCCGGAUAUAUUUUUUUGCCAUUCCUCACCACAAACCCUUUCGGCGGGGGAUACCAAUUCAUCGAAUUUGCUUGUUUUAAUUAUUAUUUUGAUGAUUUUGUGAGAACCAAAUAUUUAAAAUGUCUCCAUGAAGUAGGAACUUAAUGAUUUUAGAAAGUAUAUUGAAUUAAUCUGUAGCCAGAAAAAUUAUUUUUCAUCUAAAAAUCACUUUGAAAAAAAGGUUGAUUCUUGUUUUUCUUCUUCAAUAUUUUACCAGCAUGGAUCAAAAUAAAGUGAAAAGUGCUAUUUUACUUCAAAGUGGUCAAUUAUAACAUUGGAAAACAUUUCCUGUGAAGUUUAUUACAUGGUAAAGUGUGUAAAAUACUAAUACUAUCUGCAAGUACUUAAAAAUAUUCAUAAAAAAAACCUGCUCACCAAGUUAAUAAAUACUCCUGAUAAAUACUGCCCCUUAUUUAUUAAUUUUUCAUUUGACUAUACGAGGUAUAUGGAGAGCUAUCCUACUCGCCCCUGCGCCGGCAUCUUUCCGCGUCCCCACCUUGGUUAAUGUUCUUUUACACUUUCUCUUUUUUCUCCUUAUCUCUGCAAUUACUUGAUGGAUUUGCUUUAAACUUAAAACAGUUACUAGUAUUCCUCAUCAUCACCCAUAUCACAUGGCACAAGGGCCAUAACUCUCGCACCAAUAUUUAAUGAAUUAUCCCCCCAUUUUACUUAGAAUUUCAGGUUUAAGUUUUGAAGCACUUUUGCUCUGUCUCAGUUAUUCUUAAAUGGAUUUGAUUCAAACUGAAAGUAGUUGUUCGACAUCAUCACCCACAUCAUAUGACACAAGGCCCAUAACUCUGAUACCAAUAUUUAAUGAAUUAUUCCCCCUUUUACUUAGAAUUUCAGGUUAAAGUUUUAAUGCACUUUCACUAUAUCUCAGUUAUUAUGUCUCCCAACACAGUGGUGUGGGAGAUAAAUUGAUUUACUUCAGUCUGUGUGUCUGUCUGUCACAAAGCUUGUCCGCACUCUAAGUCGAACAUUUCUCAUCCGAUCUUCACAAAACUUGAACAAAAUGUGUUUGACCAUAAGACCUCGGCCAAGUUCUAUAACUAGCCAAAUCCGCCCAGGCACUUUUGAAUUAUGGCCCUUGAAUUACUGAUUGAGUCCACUCGUCCAAGCCAUCUAAUUGGGUCCACUCAUCUAAUUCAUCUAGAGAAACUAGACAUUUUUCAUAGGUGCAGUUGUGGGAAACAUGCGCUUUUCUCAAAAGCAUCUCUAGUUACUAAAUGGAUUUGAUUCAAACUUAAAAUAGUUGUUCAACAUUAUCACUCACAUCACAUGACAUAAGGGCCAUAACUCUUGCACCAAUAUUUCAUGAAUUAUCCCCCCUUUUUACUUAGAAAUUCAGGUUAAAGUUUUGAUACACUUUCACUCUAUCUCAGUUAUUACUUAAUGGAUUUGAUUCAGACUUAAAAUAGUUGUUCUAUCACCCACAUCAUGUGACACAUGAUGCAUAACUCUGGCAUGAAUUGUUCAUGCAUUAUGCCCUCUUUAACUUUGAAUUCAAGGUUAAUUUUUAUGCAUUUUCACUAUAUCUAAGAUAUUACUAAAUGCAUUUGAUUCAGACUUAAAGUAGUUGUUCCACAUCAUCACCCACAUCAUAUGACACAACUCUUGCACCAAUAUUUUAUGAUUAUGCCCCCUUUUUGCUUAGAAUUAUACUUAUAGUGUUUUGAUACACUAUCUUUACCUCUCUUAUUACUUAAUAUUUUUUACACAGACUCAAGCUAUUGUGCAAUAUCUUCAUCCACCAUUGGGGUCAUUAAAACACUCCAGUGACAGCUCCAGUUUCAGCAGAUGUGCUCAGUUUCACUGUCCAGCAUCAAAAUAGUCGAGUGCGCUGUCUCCUGUGACAGCUCUUGUUUAACCCGACCCUUUAAUGGGCAAGGAAUGCAUGACAAUUAUUUUUUAUAUGGAAGCUGUACUCAAGCCCUCCAUAAUGCUGAAAUGAUGUUUAAAGUCAGACCUUCAUUGAAAAAGAUAUGGCAGUUUGAAAAAUGCAAUAACCUGGGGAUGUGUAUUUGGGGAUAAACAGUAGUAUAAAAUAUGCAGAUCUAAUGUUAACUUACAUUUUGAAGAUUAUAAGAUUCUUUCAAUGGUUGUAGGUGCAGAUGGGAAUAUCCGGCCUCGAGGGUAACUGUUUAGGCGGUAACGAGGCUUCUUGCCGAUAUUCCCAUCUGCACCUAUAACCAGUGACAGAAUCUUUUUCUUGCAUACCGAUUUCAAGAAAUAGUAAUAAAAAUAAAAUCAAUCGAAUGGCUUUCUUUUUAGAACUAUUUCAUAUGGCAGUGUAUUUAAACAAAGCGUGGGAAACCAACGUCCGUAAACAGGAAAGACGUCAUGACAUUUCAAAACAAAUAACAAUGUUUAGUUCCGGUUUUGUUAGCUCGACUAUUCGAAGAAUAGUCUAGCUAUUCUACUCACCCUGGCGUCGGCGUCGGCGUCGGCGUCACACCUUGGUUAAGUUUUUGCAUGCAAGUACAUACAGCCAUCAAUUAAAGUCAUAUAGCUUUGAAACUUAUUUUUUCUUUUUCUAGGUCAAUUACCAACCUCUCUGGGUCAAGUCCCAUAACUCUGACAUGUAUUUUGAGCAAAUUAUGCCCCCUUUUGGACUUAGAAAAUUUUGGUUAAAGUUUUACAUGCAAGUUACUAUCUCCAAAACUAAUGCAGAUAUUGAUUUGAAACUUCAAAUGUGUCUUCGGGGUUAUAAAACUAGUUGAUAGCACCAAGUCCCAUAACUCUGACUUUCAUUUUGGUCAAAUUAUGCCCCCUUUUGGACUUAGAAAAUUCUGGUUAAAGUUUUGCGUGCAAGUACAUACAGCUAUUUCUAAAAGGCAUAUAGAUUUGAAACUUAUUUUUUCUUUUUCUAGAUCAAUUACCAACCUCACUGGGUCAAGUCCCAUAACUCUGACAUGUAUUUUGAGCAAAUUAUGCCCCCUUUUAGACUUAGAAAAUUUUGGUUAAUGUUUUACAUGCAAGUUAUUAUCUCCAGAACUAAUGCAGAUAUUGAUUUGAAACUUCACAUGUGUCUUCGGGGUUAUAAAACUAGUUGAUAGCAGCAAGUUCCAUAACUCUGACCUUCAUUUUGGCCAAAUUAUGCCCCCUUUUGGACUUAGCAAAUUCUGGUUAAAGUUUUGCGUGCAAGUACAUACAGCUAUUACUAAAAGGCAUAUAGAUUUGAAACUUACUUUUUCUUUUUCUAGAUCAAUUACUAUCCUCACUGGAUCAAGUCCCAUAACUCUGACAUGUAUUUUGAGCAAAUUAUUCCCCUUUUUGGACUUAGAAAAUACCGGUUAAAGUUUUGCGUGCAAGUACAUACGGCAAUUACUAAAAGGCAUAUAGAUUUGAAACUUAUUUUUUCUUUUUCUAGAUCAAUUACCAACCUCACUGGGUCAAGUCCCAUAACUCUGGCAUGUAUUUUGGGAAAAUUAUGCCCCCUUUUGGACUUUGAAAAUUCUGGUUAAAGUUUUACAUGCGAGUUUCUAUCUCCAAAACUAAUGCAGAUAUUGAAUUGAAACUUCACAUGUGCCUUCGGGGUUAUAAAACUAGUUGAUAGCAGCAAGUCCCAUAACUGAUAUGCAUUUUGGUCAAAUUAUGCCCCCUUUUGAACUUAAAACUCUUUUGAUAUUUAACCUUUUUGGGUAAUAUUUUCCUGCUUCUGUGACAAUAUUUCGAAUAGUCGAGCUUGGCUGUCUUACGGACAGCUCUUGUUUUAUCAGUUGCAGCGUAACGUUAUGAAUUUUUGAUAAAAUAACAUGAUUUGAAUCGAGAAAUAUACUAUCAGGAACCAAUAGGAAUUGUCAAGGUAUUGAAUUUUUAUUCCGUUUCUUAAAUAAAAUAUAAAUUAGUACAUAAAUAUUCUACAUAUAUGUAGGUCGUAAUACGUCAUUUACAGCACGAGAGAUUUUUCCAGCACUGAUAAAGAUACUGGAAAUCCCCGUCUGGUAUGCAAGAAACAACAAUUGCUUCUUUAGCCCUUAUUUAGCCCUUACCGUGGUGAACACAAUUGAUUCUGUCUGCGACCAGUGCAGACCAUGAUCAGCCUUGUUUGCCAUUCAAUAUCUUAUUGGAAAGCACCCUUUUUUUAGCUCACCUGUCACAUAGUGACAAGGUGAGCUUUUGCGAUCACCCUUCGUACGUCGUCAGUCCGUGCGAGCUCACAUUUGCAUACUUAGGUGGCUAUAGGAACAAUAGGUAACUGUACUUUUUCUUUGAUGUCAUUCAUUCCGUAAGGCUUUUAUGUGGCUAUUUUUCUCUUACGUGGCUAAAAGAACAAUAGAGAGAACAAAAGAGUAGCCACAUAAGUAUCCGUAUGUACGUCCGUCCGUCAACAAUUUCUUGUCUGCACGAUAGUGUUUCAUUUAUGAUUUUAUUUUAACCAAACUUGCGCACAACUUGUAUCACCAUAAGAUCUCGGUUCCUUUCUUGAACUGGUCAGAUCCCAUUAUGGGUUCCAGAGUUAUGGCCCCUUAAAGGGCCAAAAUUACCUAUUUUGAGCGUGUCUGCACAAUAGCAGCUUUAUUUAUGAUUUGAUUUUUACCAAACUUGCACACAACUUGUAUCACCAUAAGAUCUUGGUUCCUUUCUGGAACUGGCCAGAUUCCAUUAUGGGUUCCAGAGUUAUGGCCCCUGAAAGGCCCAAAAUUAGCUAUUUUGACCUUGUCUGCACAAUAGCAGCUUUAUUUACAUGGUUCGCACAGGCCAUGAAAAGUCCUUGAAUUUGAUGCCUACUCCUUGAAAACUACUUGAAUUUUGUAACAGUCAGAAACUACUUGAAAACUACUUGAAUUUAGGAAAAAACGUACAAAAGAUAGCAAAUAGUCCUUAAAUUCGUCGGGUGCGAAGUGAAAAUGGACAAACAUUAUAAAUGGACCAAAAUAAACUAAAAAACUACGAAAAAAAACAACAACUGUUACCGCCAUUAGGGCCUGCCACGGAGUCGGCGAUAGUACGGUACGGUACUGUACUUUACUUUACGGGUUUUAUGCUCUUUCAAGUAAUUUUCACACUGUGUAAUUUAUCUGCGAUGCGUUUACAUAAGUCUUGUGUUACAUUGUUUAAUUUUGUCCUAAAUUGGAUUUAAAUUGGUUAUUUCGUGUCUCAGCAACAGUGACAUUGCACCCAUUUUAGUCCUUGAAAAUGGAGGAAAACUACUUGAAAACUCCUUGAAAACUACUUGAAUUUUUUUUGGGAAGGUCUGUAUGAACCAUGAUUUAUGAUUUGAUUUUAACUAAACUUGCACAAAACUUGUGUCACCAUAAGAUCUUGGUUCCUUUCUUGAACCGGCCAGAUCCCUUAAUGGGUUCCAGAGUUAUGGCCCCUGAUAGGGCCGGAAUUAGCUAUUUUGACCUUGUCUGCACAAUAGCAGCUUCAUUUAUUAUUUGAAUUUAAUCAAACUUGCACAAAACUUGUGUCACCAAAAGAUCUUGGUUCCAUUCUUGAACCGGCCAGAUCCCAUAAUGGGUUCCAGAGUUAUGGCCCCUGAAAGGGCCAAAAUUGGCUAUUUUGACCUUGUCUGCACAAUAGCAGCUUCAUUUAUGAUUUGAUUUUAACCAAACUUGCACACAACUUGUAUCACCAUAAGAUCUCGAUUCUUUUUUAUACGCCCGCAGGGACGUUUAUGUUAUCGCCUCGGUGUCCGUCUGUCUGUCUGUGUGUUGGUUAGCAAUUUCUCUUCCGCUCUGUAACUCUUGAACCCAUUUAUGGAUUUCAGAGAAACCUGACACAAAUGUUCACUCAUUGAACGGAUGUGCAGAGCGCAUGUUUCAGAUGGCUAAAUUCAAUGUCAAGGUCACACUUAGGGGUCAAAGGUCAUAUGACUUUGUUUUAUGUGAAUAUUGCUCUGCAUUUGCGUUGCAUUGCAUUGCAGUGCUCUUGUUUUUAUUUGGCAGAUCCUUCUUUUGUUCGCUUAACAAUAUUUUUUCUUAUUACUUCCCUUUUAUGUUACUAUAAAUAGCUUAUUUAGUAACUUUUUUAUUAUUGGCCGUAGGGAAAAACUGAGACCACUUUUCUGUGGUACAACAUGGAUGGUACCUCCAAUUUUUAGGUGUAUUUUGACAUAUCUGUACCUUGUAAGAAUUUUUUCUUUUUGUUUUUGGUUAAAGCAGUGGUACUCAUGUGAGCGAUAUAGGGCCAUCAUGGCCCUCUUGUAAUGGUAUUGUCUAAAUUGAAAGAUGGAUAAGUUCAUUAUAGAAAUAUAGCAAGGUAAGGGUUAAGAGAGACUGUGAUUGUUGAGAAGGCAGAAAAUUGAAUUAUCUAUACAUCUUAGACACAAAUUUACUAUGUAGAAAUAGAAUGAGCUACUAGUAUUUAAACAAGUUGAAUGACAUUUUAAUUAUAAGCAUAAAAUUAUAGGUAAUACUGUAAAAUACUGAAAUACACGUUUCUUGAACUUGUUACUGUGAUAUACAUGUAGUAGCAUGAAAAUAAAAUGCAAAUGUUCAUUUAG